UUCCCCUCUUUUCUGACAGUUCGGGAUGUCAGUCUGUUUUGUUGCGUGAGCGGAUUGUCUUUAAAAAUUGGAUUUUUCAAUAAAAGUUUCACCAGGAAGUUGACCGGAUUUCCACAGAAUGUUGUCCCGAGCCGGAAGAAUCCUUGUCCGCAGUUCGCUGAGUGGCAAAAUCAGCACAAUUCAGGAGCUAGCGGUGACCGGGUCUGGAGCGAACCGGUGUUAUCACAUAGCUGCGUGCGGAAGUCGGUUCGAGGGUCUGAACACAAAUAAGGUCACGAAAUGGCAGAACCGUUUUGUUCACCCGGCGAUGGCUGCCGUUUUGGUGCGUAAUAUCAGUACCAACGAUGCGGAUAAGAGUCUGUUGGAACAUAUUCCGGAACCGCCACCAAUACCGGUUGCGCCAGAAGUGGCUGACCUGGUGGCUGGAGCAGAGCCAACGUUUGCCUCGCUCGGGCUUGGAGGGUGGUCCCCGGUUGGUAUGGUUCAGAACUGUAUGGAGUUCCUGCACAUUACGGCGGAUCUACCCUGGUGGGGUUGUAUUGCCAUCGGAACGGUUUGCGUGAGGAUGUUACUGUUUCCGUUGGUGAUUGCGAGUCAGCGUAACGCGGCCAAAAUGAACAACAACAUGCCACAGAUGCAGGUGCUGCAGAUGAAGAUGACCGAAGCACGGCAGGCUGGAAACGCGAUCGAUUCCGCCCGAUACGCCCAGGAGAUGGUGCAGUUUAUGAAGGAGAAGGACCUGAACCCGCUGAAGAACAUGCUGGUUCCGUUGGCACAGGCUCCGAUCUUUAUUUCCUUUUUCAUGGGCCUACGCCAGAUGGCGAACGUACCGGUAGAUUCGCUCCGCGAGGGAGGUCUCUUUUGGUUCCCGGAUUUGACCAUCUGCGAUCAGUUUUACGCUCUGCCCAUCAUCACCAGUAUCACGAUGUUCCUGACGAUCGAGCUGGGCACGGACAGCGCACGAAUGUCGGCGGCCAACAUGCAAACCGUCCGGUACGUGCUGCGAGCGAUGCCGCUGUUCAUCCUGCCGUUCACCAUCAACUUCCCUGGCGCCAUCUGUCUGUACUGGGUGUUUAGUAACUUCUUCUCGCUGGUGCAGGUUGGCUUCCUGAGGAUUCCCGCCGUGCGAGAUUACUUCAAGAUUGACCGGUUGAUCACCCACAAACCGGAAACGCUUCCCAUCAAGAAGAAGAAGUUUGCGGAGGGCGUUAAAGAAUCCUGGACCAACAUGAAAAUCACCCGCGAGCUGGAAGAACGUGCCCGAAUCGACGAAAUUUCUUUCCAGAAAGCCGGCAAAGGCCCACUGGUGAAAACGUACAAGUACGACCCUACGGCGCCACGACCAGCGGGAAAUGCCAUCAACGCUAAGAAACGGUAGAGGCAGGAAGAGAACUUUCCCAAUGUGAAUACAAAGCGACUUUUACUUUAAACAAUUAAAAAUAAA